CUCCAUCAGAAUCCAAGAAAGGAAAUGCAGCCGUCCUCUCUAAACCUGGCUACUUCUUCUUCUUUGGUUCUUCUUCUAUCUCUGCUUGCUUGUUUCACCUCUCAAUUCAUUCAAAAAGCCAUUGCAGCACCUGCCAAUUCCACGGUUCCUGCAGUACUAGUCUUCGGAGAUUCGAUCGUGGAUACUGGAAACAACAACUAUUUAUCCACAUUGGCUAAGUGCAAUUUUCCUCCCUAUGGCAAAGAUUUCAUGGGAGGAAUCCCAACUGGUAGGUUCAGCAAUGGAAAGGUUCCCUCCGACCUCAUAGUUGAAGGAAUGGGGAUUAAGGAGCUGUUGCCGGCAUAUUUGGACCCAAAUCUAACCCUGCAAGACCUCGUCACUGGCGUAAACUUCGCCUCAGGUGGUGGAGGUUAUGAUCCUCUCACAUCAACUAUAGAGACGGCUAUGAAUUUAUGGGAGCAGUUAAAGCUGUUUGAAGAGUACAUAGAGAAGGUGAAGAGUGGGAUUGGUGAGGAGAGAAGCAAGAAUAUUGCAUCAGAGAGUCUAUAUGUGGUGUGUACAGGGAGCAAUGACAUUGCAACUACUUACUUCCCUACUCCUCUUAGGAAAUUGCACUACGACAUCGCCUCUUACACAGAUCUAUUAGUCCAAUCUGCUUCCACUUUCAUUCAGGAACUGUACCGAUUAGGAGCACGGAAGAUUAUUGUUAUCAACAUACCACCAAUUGGAUGUGUACCAUCCCAGAGAACAAUAGCAGGGGGAAAAGCUAGAAUGUGUGUAGAAAAAUACAACAAAGCAGCCAUGCUCUUCAACUCUAAGCUGUCCUCCCAACUGAAUUUGCUAAAUAAUAAGCUCCCCCAAUCCAUAUUCCUCUAUAUCGAUAUCUACAAUCCUGUGCUUGAUCUCAUCCAAAAUCCUUACACAUACGGAUUUGAAGAGGCAACUAAAGGAUGCUGUGGUACUGGAAAAAUAGAAACAUCAAUAUUACUGUGCGACGGAAACCCAUUUACAUGUACAAACACCUCCAAGUACAUAUUCUGGGACAGUUACCAUCCCACGGAGAAAGCUUACAAGGUCAUCCUCGCUCCAAUCCUCAACUACCUCAACAGCCUCUUCUGAAGCACAUCCCCAACCUGUUAUGUUACCUGCUGCACUGCUUCAUAAUCUCUACUUCAUCAUAUAUCUCAGUACACAGUGAUCACCCCUUAACUCAAAGAUGUCAAAAGUCCCAAUUUUCUAUCCCCAUUUUGGGUUUUCACAAUUAUUUCAUUGUCAUAUUUAACAUAAUCAGGAUGAGGACA